UCUGAAGUCCGUCAACCGCACAUUUCAGCAAGUGCACUUCCUCAUCCAUGUGCACUUGCUGCCUUAUUGUUACCAAUAGUAAUCAGACAAACCGCCUCGAUACGAGAGAAUAUUUAAGCUGGUAUUUAUUGAUUAAGAAAGCAAUUCAGACUUAUGCCAAAGUCAUUGCAUUAGUGCUGGAUUCUUCUACCUGUUCAGCCAACAGAAAUGGACAAGAUGUCACAGCACACACAGGUGAAUGCUGAGCAGCAGCGAUCUCAAAACCCUCAAAGAAGGAGUUUCAGCUUCUCAUCUAUGCGAAUUAAAAAAAGGCACAACAGUAAUGAAGAGGGUGGAUUCACAGGGAGGAGAGGGCUCAGGUCUUUUUCAUCAGUCCGGGAGUCAUCGAGAAAAGUCCCAGAUGAAGAUAGUGCCUCACUGCCACCGAGAUCUCAAGACUGGAUGAAAAAGACAGAAAGGAGUGAAGCAGCGAUGAGUGAAGCAGUAACGAGAAGAAGAAAAGGACCUGGACUGACACUGUUCAAGAACAGAUGGAGUGAGCAGCCCAGAGGUAACCUCAUCUCUGAUGUUGCAGGGAAACACAGUACCCCACCUAGUGAAGAUGAAGGUGGACGACAAGGAGCCUUCAAGAGGAUCAAUGCCAUGUGGUCAUCCUUCCGUAGAGGCAGAAGACAUGGAAUGAGAGAGCCAGAGCCGACAGAGCCACAUGCCCCUGAGUUGGCAGACAACACAUCCACACAGCACCGCUAUGUCAGUGGUCAGUACUUCUUUGAAUAUCUGGUGGUGGUCAGCCUCAAGAAGACCAAGGAUGGCAGCAGCUAUGAACCUCAGAUCACCUACCAGUUCCCCAAGAGAGAUCAGAUGCACAGAUCUCAAAAGGAGGAUGAAGAGAAGACACUGAAGGCAAUUACACUCUUCUGUUUCCCUGAGGGCAUCAACUGGGCUCCUCUGACAGAAUACCACAGUGAGACCUUCUCCUUUGUGCUCACUGAAAUCGAUGGUAGCAGAAGAAACGGAUACUGCAGAAGGUUGCUGCCUGGUGGGAAAGGAGCUCGUCCACCUGAGGCUUACUGCAUCAUCAGCAGCGUGGCUUGUUUUGGCCUCUUCUCCAAGAUUUUUGAUGAGGUGGAGAAGCGGCGGCAGAUCUCCAUGGCCAUGAUCUACCCAUUCAUGCAGAAGCUGCGGGAGGCUUCAUUCCCAGCUCCGGGAAACACUGUGGAGAUUAAGAGCUUCAUUCCUGAGUCAGGCACUGAGAUAAUCAGUCUGACGCGGCCGUUGGACUCCUGGCUGGAACACGUCAACUUUGCCAUGCUGUUUGGCUGCCUGACGGAUGAGGAAGUGUUACUGGUGUUUGCUGCUGCUGUCCUAGAGAGACGGAUCAUUUUCAUUGCUGAUGAGCUGGGCACAUUAUCCCAGGUCAUUCAUGCAGUAGCAGCCCUCCUUUACCCCUUUACCUGGCAACACACCUUUAUCUCCAUUGUUCCGGAGAUCCUAAUCGAUGUAGUGAUGGCACCCACCCCCUACCUGCUGGGGGUCCAGAGACACCUGCUAGACCAGGUCGACGACCAAACUGAUCUGCUGUUGGUGGACUUAUCUGAGGAUAAAAAGAACACAUUCAUUGUUUCAAAUGAUGAUGAGAAAGAUAUUCUGCCCCCGAAGCUCCAAAGUGAAAUACUAGAGGCACUGAGUCACAGACAAAAAGCAUCAACGACAGAGGAGCUGAACCGGGUGGUGUCAGAGGCCUUCUUGUUGUUCUUUGUGAAAACAGUGGGUCAUUACAUGUCACAUGUGAAGCACAAUCGCAGCGGAAAGCAGGACGAGUUUGACAAGAGAGGAUUCUACAAGGCCAUCGAGUCCAAGACCACGCGCCACUUUGUCAAGAAAUUCAUUCAGACACAAAUGUUUGAUCUGUUCAUCCAGGAAGUGGAGCAGCAGCAGGCUGGACCACAGCAAGGAAUAUUUUACAAAAAGGUCCUUGAAUACCAAGAGAAGAAGAAAAGGGACAAGAAAAGCAAACACUAGCUCUCUGCAUGGAUGAACCUGGGUGUAUAUAAAGGAGUACAGAGGAAUAGAUGUGAAUUUUGUACUGUGUUUUAUUUCCUGUCAGUUUUAUUUGUUAAUAAAAUAUAAAAAGGUGUGACUUACUGUACAGCUGUGUUGCUGCCAGUCUGUGAAACAUUAUAAAAAUGAGCGUUCAGUUCCUCAUGUUGGUUCAGCCUCAUUUCAAAGAAAUCCUUGUUGUUUAAGUCUUUCAUCUUUGCUUGUUGGGAUGGUUGAUAGUCCUGUGUGGUGUUUGUUAUCCAUCUAUCUACAUUUCUAUCUCUUUUUUUGUUUCAUUCUUUGUUUUUCUCUUUUGUGACUGACUUGACUGAUAUUUAGCAGAGAGUUCUGUGUGAAUUCUAACUAAGUACAAUAUUAAUGUAAGGGACAAAAUUAAAAUCAAAUGUCUCAAUAUUUGAUAAAUGUACUCGUUUUAUUGUACUGUUGGUCAGAUUAGAACUAUAUGCACAUAAUAUCAGCUGUUCAAUGAGUACAGUCCUUCUAAAGACAUUGGACAUUUUGCUCUGUGGACUCAAAGCUAAAUAGAUUGUUGCUGUUUGACAUCAUUGAGUUGAUCCCAGCAUUCCUUUCUGUUUCCACUGCACACUGUCAACAGAAAUGUCAAAUAUGUUGGCAGUACAAUACAUAAACAUUUAAGUUCAAGAAGGCUGUAAGAAUCUCUCAGUACCUCCACCAGCACAAGGUCUCUGUCUGUGUAAAUGCUUUCAAUCACUUUUGCUCUUAUUUAUUUAGGUCACUGUACAAUAACAACAAUAAAACUCAAUUUAAUUUCCCAACACAA